AUGUCAAGUUGGCAUUUGAUUUGCCAACACGCAACAUUAGCGAUUACGAUCAGAUUUAUUUUGGCAGAUGUGAAAUAAUGGAUUGAAUAAAAUUUGGAAUAAAAACACGAAGUUAUCUGAAUGAAUGAAUAAAGUUGUUCAGUUGGGAGUGGGAAACUGACUUUAGAAUAAACAAAAGCACAAGUUAUAUUACAGAAAUGGCUUCAAGAGGUGGAGUUAUGGUAACUGGUACUAACGGUGCUGAUUUUCAGCACAGGGAGAAAAUAGCGGCUCAGUAUCAAAUUAGCGCUUUAAACAAGUCUCGUUUAAAGUACUGUGUAUUCUUCCACCAUGUGUUAUUCCUGGCAAUGCUGGCAAAACUAUCUGCAGAUAUUUUGGACAAAUUAGACAUAUUUAUAUUGGAGAUUGAGGAACUACAAAUUCCACAGCCUCUCUGGUGGGAGUACAUCUGGUGCCUAUCUGUGGCAUUGUCUUUCUUGGGCUUAUCAGCAAUUAAGCGCAACAACAUUAAGUUCCUUCGUAGAUACAUGUAUGGUAUCGCAGGACUUGGUCUUCUACCACUACUUUACUGUAUACUACACUACUGUGGAGAUGUUUGGUUAUAUUUGACAGCUGAGGACGAUGAGGAAGAAGAAAUUAUGUUAUGGCAGGGUUACCCAUAUGGCUUGCUCUGGUAUGCAUUUGUACUCCUUGGAUCACAAGUCCAUUUCUUUCAAUUGUAUUUUUCCUACAAUCUUUUGACUGCAUGGCGUUCGAGAGGUGCUUACAAAAAGGCAGAGUAAAAUACAUUAAUUAUGAUUGUUUAUAAAUUAACUAAUGGUUUUUAAAAAAAUUGUUAAAAAGUUAUUUUUUGUUUGUGAAUGAAAACUAUAUAUCUGUUUUAUAUUUUUGUACCCAAGAAGUUAGUGUGCUAAUUCUGAUGUAUUUGACUGGUAAAUCAAUGACUUAAUCUAGUAUAGAGUUAUACAUCAAUUAGCACAUGCAUGUUUGUCUAAAGAGAUUGUACAACAAAUAGGAGGCAGAUAUUUUGAAAAAAAUAAUCUUGAUUUUGUAUGAAUCCUGCAUUCAUGUGUCAUGCAUUGUAGUCAAUUAUAUGAAUUGAUGAUUUCAAGAUGUGAAAACAUUAGAUACCUACUACUAAUAAAAAAAUAUAGCUUUGUUUACCUGGAGCGAAAAAAAUAUUAGGAUUUUAUAAAUAAACAAGAAAUCUAUUUACAUUUGUUUUCCUAAAAAAGGUCUAAUUUAAAAAUAAACUAUUGUAAAUAAUUACUAUUAGAAUGUAGUUGGAUGUCUAUGUUAGUGAAUCUAUAACAUUAUAAGGGCGGAUAUGACAUUUUAUUUACUUUCAUGGUUAAUAAUAAACUGUUUUUGGAAAUGA